UCUAUUGUGAACAUGAAACAACUCGAAAUAUUCGGAGUAAUAGCAUUUGACGGUAUCAUAAGAAAUGGAUUGCGUUUACAUCCGGAUGGAGAACAUCUUGUAUACCCGAUGGGCAACAAAGUUACUAUGAAAAAUAUAGAAACUACUGAACAGACAUUCCUUGCAGGUCAUACAAAUUUAGUUUCCGCUUUGUGUAUCUCACCUUGUGGAAAUUUUAUAGCUUCAGGUCAAGUAGCCCACCAUGGUUUCAAGGCAAUGGUUAUAAUAUGGGAUUACGAGAAACGUAAGCUAAAAGCUAGUUACGAUAUGCACAAAGUAAGAGUCGAGGAUGUGUGCUUUACGCGAGACGAACGAUAUCUGAUUAGUCUUGGAGGCAGAGACGACGGUUACAUCGUAGUGUGGGACAUUCAAAAUGGAAAUCCACUUUGUGGUAGUUUCGCUGGUAAAGAAAUGUCGGGAACUGCUUUCACGAUUGCACGCACGAAUGUUCAUAACGCAAGUUUCAUCAGUGCCGGUGAAGGAACCUUCAGGGUUUGGCUUGUGAAUCCGAAAGAACGAAAACUCCAAGGGAUCGAUGUUAAGAUCGGAAAGAUCAGACGUGACAUUAACUGUAUUGCUGUUGACGAGAAAGACGAAUAUAUCUAUUGUGGAACAACGUCUGGCGAUAUCAUUAAAGCAAGGUUAAAUGCGACGGAAUUACACCUGUGUCCAAUUAUGACUGGAUGUUACUCAAAAGUACCGCGUGCAACGAAAACAAAAAGGACACGCGAAGAGGGAGCGGUACACGUAUACGCAGGUGGCGUGAAGAAUUUGUUGCUUUUGCGAAAGGAGAAAAUAAUAGUGGGUGCUGGAGACGGAACGAUCGAAUUAAUCGAACUAAUAACAACGGAUGCUACACCCGUGAGAAACGGAUCGAGGAAAUUACUAGUUCUACCAUGUAUAAUAACGCAUCGAACAGGAAACGUGUGCGGCACCGUGACAUCCAUGAUCAAGUACAAAGAUGAUUUUAUAUUGGUGGGAACAUCCCAGUGCGAGAUCUAUGAAAUCCAAGUGUCGAGCUUUCGUACGCGUUUGCUCCUCACUUGUCACACCAGUUCCAUAUACGAUCUUGCUUUCCCACGGAACCGUUCAGAGAUAUUUGCAACAACUAGUAAACACGAUAUUCGAGUAUGGAAACUGAAAACGCAAAAGGAACUGCUUCGAAUCACCGUUCCAAAUUUCAUUUGUUCAAGCCUCUGUUUCGAUCGGAACAGUGGUACUAUAAUAUCUGCUUGGGACGACGGAGCGAUACGAGGAUUUGCUUUGAACGGCGGUAAUCUUCUAUUUGUCAUCGAUCGAGCGCACACAAGAUCCGUGUCUGCGAUUACAAUUACGAACGACGAUUGCAGACUCAUUAGCGGUGGCUGCGAUGGUCAGGUGCGUGUAUGGAAUGCAAAAUCCGAAAUGCGACAAUUGUUACACGUUUUGAAAGAGCACAGAGGUCCGAUCACAUCGUUGCACGUUUCGUCCGAUGAUAAAAAUCUAAUUAGUUCCAGUACAGAUGGUACAUGCAUAAUAUGGGACACGAGGAAUUUUACAAGAAAAUUCGCGUUGCGGGCAAGUACGAUGUUCAUGGCAACGUGCUUCCUCCCUAGCGGUGUCCAAGCUUUAACGUGCGGUACGGAUCGUAAGAUAGCUUACUGGGAGACAUUGGAUGGUUCGCUGGUGCGGGAAGUAGAAGGUUCUACGACUGCCACGCUAAAUGCUAUAACUGUGAAUUACGACGGACAACAUUUUCUCACCGGAUCCGAUGAUUUUAUUGUGAAACUCUGGGAAUAUCGUACCGCAAAUAUUGUUGCAGUUGGUCUCGCUCAUGCAGCCCCUGUUACUGGCUGCGUUUUUUCGCCGAAUGGUCAAUUUAUAAUCACGGUAAGCGCAGACGGUGCGAUAAUUCUGUGGAAACGGCCGUAUGAAAUGUCAAGCGCGACAAACGAUAACAGAUUUGAAAUGCCGACUACGAUUUGUACAUUGCGUGGGUAAGAUGCGGAAGGACAAAACUAAUGUCAUAAUCGCGCUGUAUGGUAAAACUGUAAAUCAUGAUGAUAUUCGCGAGAAUUUCAAUGCAAAUAUGCAAAUAUAC